CAAGUUUUGAUAAGAAAGAUGCCGAGCCUCCGAAUGCUUUCUCCUGCAUGCACGCAAACUAAAUAUGCACUGGAAACAUCCGAAAUCACAGAGAAAGGACAGAGAGCUGUUAAAAUAUCAUAGACGGUGACUAGUAGUCUAUCAUAUUGUGUCAAGUGGAACGAAGAAUGGCUGUACAAGACGAGUCCUUGUGCAAAUCAUUUGCACUGGAAAACGACCCGGAUGCGUCGUACUUUCUGAUUAAUUCAGAAAAAGAUGAACAUGGAAAUGAAGGCUACAGCUCUCCUGUCCCAUCUCAUGACAUUUGGAAAAAGUUUGAACUACUACCGACACCACCUCGUUCUCCUUCUCGAUCACCUUCACAUACGCCAGUCAGCUUUCAUUCAUACGAAGAUGAAUACUGUUCGGUUGCCGACACCUUACAGAUCGUGUCAGAUAUUUUAGACGAGGACAGUUGUUCACCUGCACCCCUGGCGACUGUUGAAGUUUCUCUGAGUAGUCUGAAGUCCAAACUCAUUCAAGACUGCAUGUGGAACGGCUCCAACUACGAGAGUGCGUUAGAUUUAAAAGUGCUGCCCGCUUCUUUGAAUGCGGACGACCUUCCUUACGAGACUCCGUGUGCUACUCCUCCGCCAGUGGAAUAUGUAAGUUCUGAUUGCGUUGAUCCUUCAACGGUAUUCCCCUAUCCUAUAAACGAAUCACAUCAGAACUUAUGCGGAUCACACAAUUCAAGCGAUUCAGAAGAGGAAAUAGACGUAGUAACCAUCGAGAAACCAAAGCGAAAGCGGCUUCCACAAGUCACAGAUGAACCGCCCGCAAAACGUCUUAAACCUGUUGCAGUGAAACCUAAAGGAGUAGCUCCUGCUUCGAGCCCUUCCAAAGAGAACAAAAAAGAUUUUAAACGGCAAAACAGUUCAACCUCGGACGAAGAAGGCGAUCUCAGUAAGAGAGCAACUCACAAUGUUCUCGAGCGGAAGCGAAGGAAUGAUCUCAAGACAAGCUUUCACAUUCUCCGGGAAGAGGUUCCUGACAUUAAGGACAAUGAAAGAGCUCCAAAAGUUACGAUAUUGAGGAAAGCAAAAGACUAUGUCGAUAAACUGAAAAAGGACGAAACGCGAUUGCUGGCAGAACUUUCGAAAGAACGACGGAAAAACGAAGAACUUUUGGACCGGUUCUAUGCGCUUGGGCAGAAGCGAAAAUAACUUUUUGUUUACUCAUCGCUAUUUUCAUUCGUCUUUUACCAAAUAUCAUUACAUAGAUAACGAUUGUAUAUAAUUCAUAGAUAAUAUUAUGAAAGGAAACUGUUUUUGCAAGUAUACUCGCUGUCUAGAAAUUUCAGUAAGCUUCAGAUCGCUUUUUAUACUUAAAGUUUUUCUGUCGUGUAGAAACAAGUCUUUCACUUGGGUGCCAAAUAUUUUCGUUGUCUCAAUGCCGAAUUUCGUAUGACUGUCAAGCCCUCGAAGAAAGAGGAAAUAUUCCUCCCCCAAAGUAACAGUUUUCCUAGUGAUCAUAGCUUUGCGGUCGAAAAAUUAUAUUUUUGAUACGAUAUUUUUGAAUGAAUGGAUAUGUAUUUGCAUAUAUAUUGCGUAAACGCGGGAAAAAUCGGAUGGAUUUCCAUAAAUUAACGUCAUGCAUAUGAUCGCUUGGAUUUCGUUUCAAGGUCCUUUGGGACUUAGUUUUGCUUGAUCAGGGUUAAAAAAAGAAUGUUAGCUAUGUUUAGCUUGCAAUGUUUUCAAACAAAUUCUCGAUACCCAUUUUUACUGUGUAAAACACUGGUUAGCCGCUUUCGGCUUUGGUGAAAUUUGGAGAGUAAAAAACUUUGUCGAAAGUUUCAUGAUUUAGUUAGCGUUUUCAAAAGGUAUCUACAAGAUUUCAGUAGUGUUUAUAAAUCGUAGAAAACCCUUUAGCAAUGAACUUUUCUCACCAAGAGGACUUAAUGUCAUUCAAACGGUUGAGGUGUUAUUUUAUUACGUAGGUUUCUUUGGUUGUAUUAUUGUCAGACAGUGAGGUUGAGAGAGUUAAGAUGUCGAUCGUUCAAGGAAAUAGUUCUGUAAACACUGCUUUGCUUUGCUAGCAAACAGUUAUUAAAGAUCAAAUGUUCAGGAUUGUCUUAAA